UUGCAGUUCGGCUCAUCUGUUGCAGUUCGCCUCAUCGGUUCGGCUCAUCGGUUGCAGUUCGGCUCAUCUGUUGCAGUUCGCCUCAUCGGUUCGGCUCAUCGGUUGCAGUUCGGCUCAUCUGUUGCAGUUCGCUUGCGGAUGACGUGGUUGCAAGGAGUUCGGUGGUUCGAUCUGGUUUCAUGUGGUUCGUAGCCAGUGAUGCUGUAAUUUGUAAUCUAGUGGGAAAUAGCUAAACUGGCAGCAAAAAACGCUAACUUUUAACGUUAGCCUUAUUAGUGCGAAAAGAAGAGGAAAACAAACCAGGAUUCAAUUUUAAACGACAUUAAAAUAUUUCUUAUUUGUAUUGUUAAUCGGCAAGGAAAUCCUUCAGUACAAAAAAAAAAGAACCCAAUUGCAAAGAUGCGAGACGAAAUUCUGGACCCCAACAAUUUGGUGAAGAACCGCGAAAUCUUAUACCGGUUGAUGAUAAGUCAGUUGAUGUACGAUGGACUCGAGAAAUUCGCAAUGGAGUUGUCCAUGUUGGUCAAGGCGGAUCAGUGUGCUCCAAGUGAGCGAUUGUUGCAUGUAAUGAUAGCUGGAAUGCAGGUAUUGUCGGACAAGGAGAAGCCGAUCUCGGAUGAUGUUUUGCCGGGUAUAGAUUUGGAAUUUGAACCAGAGGCCUCGGCACUGGCACCAGAACCCCACUCCUAUGAGACUGCAUAUGUGACAUCACACAAGCAGGCAUGCCGGGCGGGGGCUUUCAGUUAUGAUGGUAGUCUGGUUGCUACCGGCAGUGUGGAUGCUAGUAUCAAAAUUUUAGAUGUGGAGCGUAUGUUAGCGAAAUCAGCGCCAGAAGAUGUAGAGCCGAGUCGUGAACAACAGGGUCAUCCGGUUAUAAGAACGCUUUAUGAUCACACCGAUGAGGUAUCCUAUUUAGAAUUUCAUCCGAAAGAGCAUAUUUUAGCCUCAGCUUCACGCGAUGGCACUGUCAAGCUCUUUGACAUAGCCAAACCGUCGGUGAAGAAGGCUCACAAGGUGUUCACCGAUUGCGAACCAGUGCUAUGUCUAUCAUUCCAUCCAACUGGCGAUUACAUGGCCAUUGGCACGGAACAUAAUGUGCUCCGGGUCUACGACGUGCACACUGCGCAGUGUUUUGUCAGCGCCAUUCCUUCACAGCAGCACAAGGCUGGUAUCACGUGUGUGAAAUAUGCACCGACCGCUAAAUUCUAUGCCACUGGUAGCUUCGAUGGCGACAUCAAGAUCUGGGAUGGCAUCAGUGGUCGUUGCAUAAACACAAUAGCCGAGGCUCAUGGUGGAGCAGCAAUUUGUUCGCUCGAAUUCACACGAAAUGGCAAGUAUUUGCUGUCAUCGGGUAUGGAUUCAUUGGUCUAUCUGUGGGAAUUGUGCACCAGCCGGCCCAUACAAACGUAUACAGGAGCUGGAACUACUGGUAAACAAGAACAUCAAACAGAGGCUGUCUUCAAUCAUACCGAGGAUUAUGUUCUCUUUCCUGAUGAGGCGACAACUUCGCUUUGUUCCUGGAAUUCCCGCAAUGGCUGUCGUUUGACAUUAAACUCACUGGGCCACAAUGGAGCUGUACGUUAUAUAACCCAUUCACCGAAUUCACCAGCAUUUCUCACUUGUUCUGAUGAUUUUAGAGCCCGAUUUUGGUAUCGUCGUGUUAAUAAUCAAUAAGAUUUAUGUUUAGAAUAUUAAUAUAAUAAAAAACGAAAAUUUCUAAUACCAGGAAAUAAGAUAAAAACAAUAAUAAUAAUAAUUUGAAAUGAAUUGAUUAAAUGAAGACUGUUUCAAGA